AUGCACUCAUUCGCUACCGUUGCCGCUGUCGCCCUCGUCGCUUCAGCUUCUUUCGUUUCUGCUGCACCAAUCGCCUGCAGAGGUAAGCCCGCCAACUACGUCGAUGGUUACUUAGAGGAUUACGAUGUUUACCACGUUCGAUACGUCGCUUUAGACUGUGCUUCUCAACACAACAGUACCUUUUUCGAUGACUGUUGUCACCCACUCCUCGCCAACGAGACCCUUACCGACAGCCGACCCGCUUACUGUACUCCCAGUAACGUCACUCUCUCCGAGGUCUCUUCCACCAUCGCCGAGUACUCUGCCACUGCCACCGUUUCUGCUAUUUCCACCGCUUCUGCCGAUGUCGACGCCGCUUCUGAAUACUCCGCUGCCGAAGCCACUGCCACUUCCACUUCAUCUGCCGAAUCCUCAGAGACCACCGUAGCUGCCGUCGCCGAUUACGCUCACGGAACCCACAAAUCCGCUUCUUCAUCAUCUUCCACUUCAACUGAAGACGCUUGGACCGCUACCUCCACCUCCACCGCCGCCGCUGAAACCUCCACCGCCGCUUCAUCCGGCUCUUCAGGAGAGACUUACACCGGUGGUUACGCUACCUACUUCUACCAAGGUGGUAACGCUGGUGCUUGUGGUACGGUCCACUCUGACUCUGACAAGGUCAUUGCCAUCGACACUAACGGAUGGUGGCAAGAUACCUCAUCAGCCUCCCCUUACUGUGGCAAAUACAUCACCAUCACCAACACCAACAACGGUAAAUCAGUCACUGCCAUGGUUGCCGAUGCCUGUCCUUCGUGUGUCUCUGACAACUCAUUAGACCUGAGUGAAGGCGCGUUCUCAGAGAUCGCAAGUCUUUCGGAUGGACAAGUCCCAAUUACUUGGGUUUGGGCUUAG